CCUCAAAAGCACAAAUAUCAAACCAGCAACAGUCUUACAGGGACUUAGAGAAAAUCUCUCUCUCUCUCUCUCUCUCUCUCUCUCUGAUACUGUUCCGAUCCCCCCAGCAAAAGAUUUUCACUUUCUCUUUCCUAGGGUUUAGCUGAACUCAGAUAGCUUCAUAUUCAAGCUCAAUUAUCCAGCUUCAAUGUCUUUAGAUCCAAAUGCUUACUAUGGCACCCUACCAUCAACCACCGCCACCAGCACCGCCGCACCCUCAACGUUCUUUCGUGCCAGAGAAACGACCCAGUCCUUCUUCGCCAAGCGCCGCCCAUGGCUCGAGCUCGUCCAGCCCUUCUACAACUUCACGCGCCCCUACACCUUCGGCGACGCCACAAUCCGAAUCAAGCGCAACCUCAGCUACUUCCGCGUCAACUACACCAUGGUCGUCCUCUUCAUCCUCUUCCUCAGUCUGCUGUGGCACCCAGUCUCCUUAAUCGUCUUUCUCCUUGUCUUCGUCGCCUGGUUCUUCCUCUACUUCUUCCGCGACAACCCACUCGUCAUUUUCAACCAUAUCGUCGACGACCGUAUUGUUUUGGGCGUGCUUGGCGUUGUCACCAUCGUCGCUCUGAUUUUCACGCACGUGUGGUUGAACGUGUUGGUCUCUGUUCUAAUUGGGGUCGCAAUUGUUGCGUUACACGCAGCUUUUAGGGGUACGGAGGAUUUAUAUAACGACGAGCAAGAAGCUGCCGAAGGUGGGUUGCUUUCGGUUGUAGGCAGUCCCACGCGACCUCGGUACUCCCGCGCUUAGCUGAUUUUCCAUUCGAUUCUCGCUAUUCUGUUUCGAUACGGAUCUUGGUGGGUAGGAGAAGUUCCUUUUUUGGCAUUGUAAGCUCAUUUUAGAUCUGCUUUUAGUAAGCAUUUUCUUCAAUCCUGAGCUCUAUUCUUUGCUUUUAGCUUCAAGUUCAGGUUUUUUUCCUCUUUCAUUUUUGUAAAUGUAGUGCGAAUUGAUGACCCUUUAGAGGUUUUCUUUAUACUUAGUGAAACAUGUAUCAGAUU